CUCGUUGUAAAUUUUCAAAAUCUGAUUUUUAUAUUUUUUUUACUAAUAGAGAGUUAUAUUUAUUAAUGGUCAAAGUAAUGUCUCGACAAAUAUGAAAUGUUGACUUUUUUGCACUUAUUUAAGAAUACUUUUGAGUUCUCAUUAAUCUAGAUAUUGUACUUCCCCGCCAAAAGAACUCAUUCAAACGCUUGAGCGGUAAGCAAUCAAUAGCGUAUGUCUAUAAAUUCUAUAUCCAGCUGACGAGUCUGUUAGUGCGGCUUCCAAAUUCAUGCCAUCUGCAACCACAGUCAUCUCCAUUUCCGUUCAUUUCUCGGAAUGAAGCCACCUGAAGUGGAUGCGUAUAUGGAGAUCAGUAAGUUGUGCAAUCUCAGGUCGUAGUUUAGUGAUCAUAUCAUAUGAUUUCACAUCUAAACGAAUUGAAUUGAAGUUCCAAUCGCUGAAUUUGUGCAAUUGAAUUGGGCGUAGAUACUUGAUCGAAUUGCCGCCUUCUGCUUCAAUUUCAAAUUGGAAUAUAAUAAUGUUUCACAGUUGUGAUUAUUUUGACUGAAUUGAACUAUCGACGAAUAUGUUUCUGUUUUGGAUACUUGAAUUUGUGCUUUCAGUUUCAAAACAAUUUUGAUGUAUAGGAGAUCAGACCUAAUGCUGCUCUGUGCUUUAUCAGUUUUGUUAGUUCGAACUGAAACCCGUUGCUUCGAUCAUAUUGAUCGACGAUGGUAAUUUUACUUUUUUUGUUUAUCAGCUCCUUCGAUGCUUAAAGAUAAGUCUGCUUCUGAUGGCGGAAAGGCCUGCUCAAACUACGCAGCGAACCAUUGCUCCUCUUCCCUCUCGUCUCGGAAUUGGAAAUCUCCAUCUGAUGAUACCUCAUUCUGUGAAGCUGAAGCUAUGGCGACAGAACGCCGACUCUUUCAACCCAGGUACGUCCUCGAGUAUCUCAAGGAGUCUCUCGGGGAAGUCGUUGCGCUCCGCGAGGAAGUCGUUGCGCUUCGCAGUGAGAACGAGGCUCUUCAUCUAGCCAAUGCCGAUUUGGUCCAGCGUCUGAAUCUGCUCUCUCAGGCUAUGAUCCAAAAUGGUCUUCUCUCAGAUUUCAGUCACCUCGGCAUCGGAGUGCAAGCUUCCCCUGUCCGUAACGCUCUCAUCGCAGAAUCAGAUCCUCCCAUCCCCAGGCCACCGCCGGCAGCCAUAGAGCAACACCGGAUCGAAAGAGUGUAUCAAGAGCAAGUCCAGCUUCCAAAGAGCAUUUCAUUACGAUCCAGUGGCUACCUGAAGCUGAAGGCGCAACAUGGUUCAUCCAGCGGCCGGAAUAGCCACCGUGAUACGAAUCAUACGACUAAGCCUCUAGCCCAAUUGGUGAGUACGCCGGUGCACAAUUAUAUCAAAUUUGGUUAAUUUUUAUUAAAUCUAUCUAGAACUAACCCUGUUUUCGAGGCUUUGUUGAUCUUCGAUGAACUGCAGCAAAGAGGAUACCUUCCCGGGGCAAAAAAGGUAGAUGAGGCUUUGUUGAUCUACGAUGAACUGCAGCAAAGAGUAGACCUUCCCGGGGCAAAAAAGGAAGACGAGGCUUUGUUGAUCUACGAUGAACUGCAGCAAAGAGUAGACCUUCCCGGGGCAAAAAAGGAAGACGAGGCUUUGUUGAUCUACGAUGAACUGCAGCAAAGAGUAGACCUUCUCGGGGCAAAAAAGGAAGACGAGGCUUUGUUGAUCUACGAUGAACUGCAGCAAAGAGUAGACCUUCCCGGGGCAAAAAAGGAAGACGAGGCUUUGUUGAUCUACGAUGAACUGCAGCAAAGAGUAUACCUUCCCGGGGCAAAAAAGGAAGACGAGGCUCUGGAGUUUGAUGUGUACAAUCAAGGAAUAAUCAAAACACAGCUUUGCAACAAGUGGCAAGAAACCGGGGAGUGUCCUUAUGGCAAGAACUGCCAGUUUGCUCACGGUGUGAAAGAACUACGGCCACGUCGGCCAGUGAUCCGACAUCCACGAUACAAGCAGAGAUCUGCCGCAUGGUGAUGGCCGGCGACGACUGUCCUUUCGGUCACCGUUGCCAUUUCCUGAUUUCCUGCACUCUAUGGCCGACCAGGAUCGGCUCCCGUCAAACCAUAUCCGUUAACUAAAAAAUGUUACUUGGCAUGGGAAACUCUUACCCUGUAUUUUGGUUCAUAACCACAAAUAAUAAUACUCCAUAAUAAAUGAUUUA